AAAAAAAAAAAAAAAAAGGAAACCGGUUCAUCAUUGGUUCUAAUUCUAGUCACCAUGUUCUUAGCCCAAGAUUCGGUUCAGUUCGACUAUCCGGUUCUUGAAACCGGGUUCACAGCCAGUGAAAUUGAGGAACUCUUGUCUCUACUCGAAUCACCCUCUAGUACUAGUAGCCCACCCUCUAGUACUAGUAGCCCAAACUCUGGUUCGGAAGAGUCGAACCGGGUGGUUUACUCUGUGGAUGAGAGAAAGCGUAGGCGCAUGAUUUCGAACCGGGAGUCAGCCCGACGGUCCCGCUGGAGAAAGAAGAGGCAUGUAGAGAACCUUACUGUACAAGUGAACCGGUUAGGAAUACAGAACCAGGAACUGAAGAAGCGGUUGGGUUCAGUUUUAGACCAUUGCCACGUAUUAUGGAGAGAAAAUAACCAGUUAACAACUGAAUAUUUAGCUCUCCAGGCCAGACUUUCGGAUCUAUGCCAUACUUUAGUUGCCAUGCAAACCAUGCAACGGCUUCAAUAGUUAUCAUCAACCCUAAUUUAUUUAACGUAAAUAAUAAGAUAGGCCAAGAAGCUCUAAUUAACAGACAAAUAUUAGAGCUAGCGCUCUCUCUCUCUAUCUCGACAAAUGGACAGGCGUGUUAGGUUGGCUGCUCGUGAAAAUUUUCUCUCUCUUUUUUAAAGCUCUUUUUGGACGAAACCACGUUGCUAUAGCACGUAAAGAUUAGGUUAGAUGCAUGUCCGGUUAUGGGUCUUGUCUAGGACUUCUUUUUUAGCAGCUGGACGUUUCUCUUUUCUCUCUCUCCCUCUCUCUUCUUUUUCCCUUUAACAUGCUUGAUCAGUUAUGAGGUAUAGGUCCACCAACAUAUAUGUACAUGAGAGCUCUAGAGCUAACAGUUGUAAGCUCAACAGCAGCUUCAUGAAAACUCGGGCAAAAUAUAUAU